AUGGCCGCCGUCUCACGAUACAAUGACUUGCCGCCGUCUACACCUGUUCUUAGACGAUCGUUGCGGCAUGGCGGUGCCAUCCCUGAUCAAACACCAAGCGACCGCGGCAAUGCCACCAUCGCCGACAGUCCAUUGCCACCUGCACCUGUCAGUCACUUUCUCGGCGAUGAAGAGGUCGAGGCAAGUGUACCUGAGCCUUUGAUCAGCACAGUACACACCCGCGCUCGUCCAUACCGCAUCUCGUCCGAAGUGCAAAGGGAGUCUAUUCCAUGCGACGACUCACCCGGCACUGGUCGUAGAGCUGUCCCUGCACCCUUACAUCGAGAGGAUGCUUCGCACCUUCGAGCAUCCAACAUCUUCCGACAAGUGCAAAGUCAGGCGCAAGAGCCACACUGUCGUUCUUCGCCAUUUGCAUCGACCCCUUCAUACCACGACGAGUUCAGAGCGAAGAGCUCACCGCCUCUCCGCAUCGCAAAGGCAGCGAUCCAUGGUAGUCAUUCUCCAGAACUUCGUAGCAGCACCGUCCUUCCCACUCGCAGACGCAGCACAGAGAAGGCAGAAGAGGAGGAGGAAAAGAAGGUCAGAUACGCUCUGAUCGAGGAGCGAGCAUCGGUCAAGCGAGACACACCAGAUGACGUUGCACCUGUUCGAGCUAGCUCUUCAAGCGUCCAGCCAUCAACAGGCUACCGUACACCGGCCAUGGCUGGUCGCGCGCUCCGAUCAAACGCUACUGCUGCUCCCACCACAGCACAGCGCAGCGCAGCACGAAGCCUACGCACUCUCACACGUUCGUCCGCUCGUCAUCCACCAGCAAGGAGAGUGGUUAGGAGGUACUCGGACGAUGAAGAUGACGAGCUCGACGAAGAAGCAGGGGGCGAUGGGAACGGCGGCAGCAAAAGCAGAGACCAAGCUCAAAGCGCCAGUCCUGAGAAUGGGGCGCACCACAACCAGGAUGGAAGCUCUAAUUCAGGGUCAGGCUCCAAUUCUGGCUACGGGUCAGGUCCAGGUGCGGCAUCAAACUCAGCAGAUGCUGUCAGAAGGCCUGACAAACGCUUCUUGCCUUAUGGAUACGAUCCAGAGAAGGAGAAGAUCAGGGCUCAGAUGAUGGAGAGGGCAUCACUCGUGCGAUCGCCAAGUCCUGAAGCAAGAGCACCUCCUAGGGAAGAAGCGGAAGAUCAAGAUUACGAUAUGCAACCACCCCCGCCUCGAAGGAACGAAGCGCACCCGCUCGCAAGGAGGGCCGUUGUCGAUCCAGCUGCAAUAGGCAAAGCAAAUGGCUCCAUUCAUCCAACAAGGGGCCAAGCAGAGGCGAUUCACAACUUCCUCGCAUCCAACAUUGCGGUACCUGCCGAUCCCAUGGCACAGCGACGCUUUGUGGCACCAUCUGCAAAUGAGCUACGAGCUGCUGCUCAACGUGCUGCUCCGGUCUUUGGCGAGGGAAGCCAAGACAGCAUGCUCAAGGCUUCUACAUCCAUCUCUUCUUCGAUCGCCACAACACAGGCAGCAGCAGAGCACGACGAUGAGCCGGCCGAGGAGGAGGCGGGUCGAUUGUACUCUGAAAUUCGAGCCGAGGCGAUCUGGGCCGAGAUGACGAGACAGAUGCGAAAGCCAUUGAACCAGGAGGAGCGUUUCAUGAAGGAGAUUUCUGGCUCAACACGUUGCUUCAAGCUACCUGGUGGAUUCAAGUUCCGCCGCAAGCAGCUGACCAAGGGUGGAUUCUCGACGGUACACGUCGUGCGUGGUCCUACAUCCCAAAAGGUUCGCAAUGAGGAAGGCUUGAUCGAAGAGAUCCCAUGCGCCGAAGAACAGCAAGCGUUCUUCGCGAUGAAGCAAGUCGACCUCAAACAGAUCGAGAGUGAGCAAGACAAGCUCGACCUGAUCGCCGAAGCCAACCUCUUACGCACACUCUCGGACCUGCCGGGCAGUGAUAUGUACUUGCUGCGCUACUUUGGCCACCACGUCACGAUUGACAAGAGCAAUUCGCCGGACAAGCUGCGCAUCCUUAUUGAGCUUGGGGAAGGAGACUUCGGAACGCUUCUCGCACAACAAGCACCACUAGCGAGAGAAGCGAUUGCACACUACUUCCGCGAGAUGCUUGAAGCCGUGCACUUUAUCCACGAAGCCAACCUGGUGCACGCUGACUUGAAACCUGCCAACUUUUUGAUGGUCGACGAUCGAGUCAAGCUUAUCGACUUUGGAAUCUCGAAGAAGAUCCCCAAGGGAACAGUGCACAUCUCGCGAGACAACAUCAUCGGUACACCAAACUACAUGGCUCCUGAAGCGAUCAAGAUUGCUCGUGCGAAGGGUAGGAGGGUCUAUAAAGCGGGUAAGCCAAGUGAUGUUUGGUCAUUGGGCUGUAUCUUGUAUCAGAUGAUUUGGGGUCGCCCACCAUUCGACAGGGUACCUGCGAACAGGAAGCUCGAGGCGAUUGUUGACCCGAACCACGAGAUCAUCUGGAACCGCUUCAGGGAUCCGAGGUAUGCUGAUAAGAUGGAGGUAGAUGAUGAACUGUUGGACUGCGUCCAGGCUGCACUGCGUUACGGAUCAGAGGAAAGGGCGACAAUCCCAGAGUUGCUCAAGCAUCCAUUCUUGAGGAGGUACGCAUCAGAAGGAGAGAUGGCAGAGGAAGAGCAAGAGAAAGUAGACCUCGACGAAUUGGUGAACAUCUCGCGAGGAACACUGAGAAGCCUGGUGGCAAGAAUCAGGACUCUGGCGCUCAGGCAGGAGUUGACAGAAGAGAACGUGAUCGAAAGGGCGGACAACCUCUUUGUCAACUUGCAACAGCAAGAGCAACAACAACAACAACAACAAUAA